AUGCCUCCCACGGCCGGCCCUCCGGGCGGCGCGCCGCAGCCGCCGAGUGCGCCGGCAUCCCUGCGCAGCGUCUACGCCGACUCACUCCACAUCGCGUUCUACGGCGGCCGGCCGCUGUCGACGCGCCGCGGCCGCCCGGGGGGGUCCCGGCGACGGUGGAGGGGGGUGCGCCAGCGAUCGGGGCGAGGCGAGGCGGCGACGCUCCCCCGCGCCCCGCGUGAGGGACAGAGUCUGGAUGCGUGGGAGGCAGUUAUGGACCUGGGCGACCGCCCGGAGGGCCGCACUGCGCCGUCCGGGGUCCCCGAAGGUUCUGUCGGAACUUCUGGUGGGGACUGCCGUGCAUGUGACGAAGGUGGGGCUGUUCUGAACGAGCCUGGCAGCCCGGUCGCGGUGAAUGGGCGCAAAGAGGACGGCAAGUGCAAGAACGGCAGCAGCAGCAGCAGUAGUUCUUCUUCCGGCGAGAGCAGCGGCGAGUCGGAGGCCGAGUGCACGGGAGCAAAGAAGCGAGAGCGCGGGUCGAGCAGCUCCAGCUCGUCGGAGUCGUCGAGCGACAGCGAUUCGGAGGCGAUAGACGCGGGGACCGCACUCUCCGACGGGCAAGCGGAGUGCUUCGGUGGAAGGGAGCCCACCGGGCAGGCCGCGAUCUCUGACGUGAAAGCGGAGGCGCCGCUGUCGAGAGUGGUUGCGGAAGGGGCGGCCGUCGGGCGGAUAUCUGUUUGCCAGGGCGAGGACUGCAUGAAGAGGGGCGCCGGGGCUGUGCUUCGUGGGACGUCGGACCUGGUGGGGGCGUCGCCGGGCGUGAAGCUCGCCGCUGUGGGCUGUCUGGGACAAUGCGGCAAAGGGCCGACUGUCAUGUUCUGUGCCAAGGGGCGGAAGCCCGCCAAGUACACUGGCGUCAGCGGAGGCCAGGUGGCGGGCCUGUGCGAGCUGCACUUGGGCGGUCGGGUAGAUGACUAG